AUGGCUAAAAUCAAGUCCGUCGAGUAUUUCCGGGUCAAACCUCGCUGGUUGUUCGUCAAGAUCACCGACGAGGAGGGCCAGUUCGGCUGGGGCGAGGGCACCCUCGAGGGUCAUUCACUGGCUGUGGAGGGCGCGCUGGACGAGAUCAUUCCGCGCAUCGUGGGAUUGGAAGCAGAUGACAUCGAACAUAUCUGGCAAUUAAUAUGGCGCCUGGGAUUCUAUCGCGGCGGGCCCGUCUUCAUGUCGGCCAUGUCUGGAAUUGACAUUGCGCUGUGGGAUAUGAAGGGUCGUCGUUUGGGCGUCCCUGUGUACCAGCUGUUGGGCGGCAAGGUGCGCAACAAGGCGCAGGUCUACGCUUGGAUUGGAGGCGACCGCCCGAGCGAUGUCGAGGCUGCUGCCAAGGCACGCAUUGCGCAGGGUCUGAAAUGUAUCAAGAUGAACGCCACCGAGGACAUGAACUGGCUCGACUCGCCCUCGGCAAUCCAAUCUUGCGUGGAGCGCCUCAAGCAGGUCAAGGCCCUCGGCCUGGACGCCGGUCUAGAUUUCCACGGUCGUCUGCACCGUCCGAUGGCAAAACAGCUGGCCAAGGCUUUAGAGCCGCAUCAACCUCUGUUUAUCGAAGAGCCGCUACUCUGCGAACACCCCGAGGCGAUUAAGCAGCUCUCCAACCACACCACUAUUCCAAUUGCGUUCGGUGAACGUUUAUACACUCGGUGGGAUAUCAAGCGGUUCCUAGAAGAUGCGUCGGUGGAUAUCCUGCAACCGGACAUUGCCCACGCGGGCGGCAUCUCCGAGACCAAGCGCAUUGCGAACAUGGCCGAGACCUACGAUGUAGCCAUUGCUCCGCACUGUCCCUUGGGUCCCAUUGCUCUCGCCGCGUCUCUGCAGGUGGCCGUGUCUACACCCAACUUUGUUAUCCAGGAAAUGUCUCUCGGCAUGCACUACAACGUGGAGGCCGGUGAUAUUGACCUGAACAGCUACCUGGUGGAUAAGACCGUCUUUGAAAUUGCUGACGGAUUCGUAGCAGCCCCCUCCAAGCCUGGUCUGGGAAUUGAAAUUGACGAGGAGCUGGUGCGGCGCAUAAGCAAGGUCACCGAGCCCUGGCAACCGAAGGAGUUCUACGGGCCGGAUGGAUCGAUUCGCGAGUGGUAG